GUCACACGCUCCUUUGAUGCCAACCGUAUCCUGGUGGUGUCCGCCAUGGCUACUCUGGCGGAUGCUCUAGUGCGAGUGAUAGCCAAUGAUCUGCCGUCUAUUUUUAGCCAGCACAUGUGCGGUACUCCACCCCCGGCACCCGAGUUUAACUUUCAUGCGUUUGGUAUCGAUGUGGGAUCGUUUGAGACGCAGAGCGAGUACAUGCAGUUCACCACACCUGAGGCAUGUUUAUCCUUUAUAGUUGGUAGCAUGCUAUAG